AUGAAUUAACCGAGAAGCAAAAGUUUAAGAGUUGACACUUCUAGUGAAUAAUCAUAUCUAAAUAAGGAGAUGGUUACAAAAUUAUAAUCUUUAAACCCUUCUUCCUUUGUUACAUAUGAAGUUUUGGAUUUAUUUUUUACUCAAUUAUAGUCAGUUUUAAGAGAAAUAUAAGUGAAAUAACAAGACUUUGAAAAAAUCUUUAGUUAUUUCAAGACAUUUAAUGAAUUCGAGAAUAAGCUUAAUGAUUUAGAGUAAGUAGUGAAUAGAAUAGCUUAAGUAGUAAUUCCACUUUAGGAAGAAUUAAUUGAGAAGGUUUAAAAGAGUUAAAUAUAACAAUAAGCAUUAGACAAAUACUUUUCGACAUUCCCAUAAUAAUUAGAUCUUAUCCUUAAUGAUAGAUUUAACUUUCUUGAAAAUUAAAGUAAUCACUUAGCAAAACAAUCCAAAAGCAUAAAAGAAGAUUUGGAUGAAAUUUAGAAUCAUAUUAAAAAACAAGAUAAUGAUAUGUUAAUCCUAUUAAAAUCUUACAAAGAGUUGUUAUCCAUAGAUCCUCAAUACAAAUCACUAAAAUAGUAAUUAAAUUCAAUUAGUGAAGGCCUAAAUGAUAUUAAAUAGCAAUUUUUUUUAUGA